UAGAAGAAAACGUUGUUAAUGUUGUCUGUAUCCAACGAGGCUCUUUUUCUUCUCCGAUUAGAUCCCGUUGGAGAACCCAGACACUCUAAGGUUUCUAUUGGAUUCAGAUAGUGUUCUUGGACAGUGCGAGAUAGUCAAUCGAUGAUGCUGCAGUCGCAUUCAAGGUUUCUCCUUCAAACGCUCUUGACGCGUGCUCAGAAGUUGCUGGUUUGGUCGAUUGAUUGGUUCUGUUUUAAGCAUUUCUCCAAAAAACUGAACUGGGUUUUUUUUAGAAAGUAUGGCAGGAAUGUUCAAUACUUUCUGAACUGUUUGGUCAUAUUAUUUUUCAGUCUUGAUAAAGCAGUGGAGCUAGAUUAUCAAUGGAUUGAAUUCGAUGAUGUUCGUUACCAUGUUCAGGUGACAAUGAAGAAUCCAAACAUCUUGUUGCUAUCUGUUUCGUUACCAAACCCACCACCCGAAGCAAUGUCCUUUGACGGACUUCCUUUGGGAGCUAUAGAAGCUAUUAAAACCACUUACGGCACGGGGUUUCAGAUCCUUGAUCCUCCUAGAGAUGGUUUUAGUCUUACCCUGAAGCUCAAUUUCUCUAAAGUUCGCCCAGAUGAAGCGUACAGAAACUCGUUAUUAACGAAGCUAGCUUCCAUUAGAGAAGUGGUGAUGGGGGCGCCGUUGAAAAUCAUUCUGAAACAUCUAGCUUCAAGGACGGUUGCUCCUGAGCUGGAUAGGCUUGUAGCAAUUAUGCAUAGACCUAACGAGACAUUUUUCCUUGUGCCUCAGGCAGAUAAAGUCACAGUGGCUUUUCCCAUGAGAUUUAAAGACUCUGUGGACACAAUUCUUGCGACUUCUUUCUUAAAGCAAUUUGUGGAGGCAAGACGUGCGGCUUCGCUUAGUAGUGCUCCUUCUUGCUCUUGGUCUCCAACCGCACCUCAGGAACUAGAAGGAGCUCCUAAAGAAACACUAUCUGCUAAUGCCGGUUUUGUAACUUUUGUCAUAAUGCCUCGGCAUGUGGAGGGUGAAAAGCUGGAUCGUACUGUAUGGAAUUUGUCAACCUUUCAUGCUUAUGUUAGUUACCACGUCAAGUGCUCAGAGGGUUUUAUGCACACCAGGAUGCGGCGUCGCGUGGAGUCUAUGAUUCAGGCUCUAGAUCAAGCUAAGCCAUUGGAGAAAACAAGAUCCAUGAACAACAAGUCAUUUAAACGGCUAGGAUUCAGUGAUGCCAAUCAUACCAAUUCCAAGUAGUUCAAUCUCUCACGAAGCAAUUUUGCAAAACCUUGUGAAUAGCCGUUAAGAGGUUUUAACUUUUCACUGAAUUCAAUCAUGAUAUACAUAUUCUUUUUGGUUUCAGAAUGGUUUUCUUAGUACAAUUCUUUCAGAUAUUUUCUGAUCAAAUAUAUGAUUCUUAAACUGUAAAUUCACAUUGGAGGAAAUCGUAAGAGGAUCUCUAGGUUCUAUCA